GGCUAUGGGCACUCAACGCCGGCGACAAUUGGUGGCAAGUUGUUCACAAUGUUCUACGCUAUAGUUGGCAUACCGCUGGGCCUCAUCAUGUUCCAGAGUAUUGGUGAAAGGGUUAAUAGACUUAGUAGCGUUAUAAUAAAAUCAAUAAAGAGCGCUCUGAACUGCAAGCAGACAAAUGCAUCAGAAGUGGACCUGAUAUGUGUGGUGACCACUCUAUCUUCACUAACCAUAGCUGGUGGUGCGGCUGCAUUCUCCAAGUUCGAAGGAUGGAGCUACUUCGAUAGUGUCUACUAUUGUUUUAUCACUUUAACUACCAUUGGUUUCGGAGACAUGGUAGCUCUUCAAAAGGACAACGCAUUGAAUCGGAAGCCGUCAUACGUGAUGUUUGCUCUGAUCUUCAUACUGUUCGGGCUGGCCAUAGUGGCGGCCUGCCUCAACUUGUUAGUGCUUCGGUUUGUCACUAUGAACACUGAGGAUGAGAAGAGAGAUCAGGCACAGGCUGAACAGGCGCAGCAAGUAGCAGUGAGAUUGGAAGGAGACGUGAUCACGGCGGAUGGAGCCGUGUUAAGAGGAGUGUCGCGCGGCACCCGCCUACCUGCUGACCCCAGGCAGAUUACUGCUGGAGAUACCUCGCUAGUGCCGCUGUAUGUAGAUGAAGAGUACGCGCCCAGCGUCUGCAGCUGUUCCUGUAAUUGCUUCGGACCAAACAAAUCAAUACCAUAUCGCGACCCGCUAUCGCCGGUACCACCUACCCACAUCCGACAGAUAAAAUCAAAGAACUACCGUGAACUCGGUAGUAUACCGCGCUACAUAGAAAAAUCAUCAUCAAAGAACCGAUCGCAGUCUUUACGACUCAACUCAGCUUCAGGCUACUUAUACAUGAACGCAAAGACCAAUGACUUCCAACUAGAACCCGAGGAUUUCAGAGAAAUGGUCACCAAAAGACGAGAACAGCUCCGGAGGGGCAUGAUGAUGUAUGAAAUGAGGUGUAAUAACAACGAACAGUACCUACAUCCCUACAGACACAGUCUUAGCACUCGGCUAGAGACCAGCCCUCACAGUUCCUCGCUCUACUCCAUGAACAUGAGGUCAGAGAACCGCAGCAACGACCCUCUAGUUGACGACUACGACUCUGAAAAAUCAAGCUACGCGAAAAAGAAACUCAUGAAGAACAUAGCUAGGAACACUAGUAACAAACGAGUAGAAAACUACUUCUAUGACGAUGCCGUACUGCAUUUCGAUGACGAAUACGCCUUCGACGGCUCAAUACUCUUCGCCAAGAGAAGAAAAUCUAUAGACAGGAACUGGGAGGACUAUACAUGUGAAAUGCCGCGAACCCAUGGACCCGAUCAAGUGUCAAACGAUGGUAGCUACGGGUACUACCUGCCCGACGACGAGGAGCAAGACCAGUACUUCGUGAACGAUACCCUCACGUUCCAACUGCCCCCCCAUCGGGCCAGCAUAUAGUGAAGUGUUGUGAUGUGCCAACAAGACUAGUGCCAAGGUAGGUUAGUGUUAGUCUACUAAAUAAAUGGGCCAAUUAAGUAAAUAAACGAUUAAUUAAUAGUAAUUUUACAAUUUUCGCGGUAGCAUCCGAGUUUGACAGUUUUAGCUUUUACACAUAGUCUAUAGAUGUCGCGUUUUUUAUUAUAAUUCUAUGAUAUGAGCUUGGCUUCCUUGUAGAUAUUGUAAUAUAGUAACAUAGGCUUGUCGUGCGGAGCGCUUGGGCGUUUUAUUGUGCACUACGUCGGUGGUAACUUAUUUGGGAAUAUUCGGAUUCUGAACCCAGAAUCGGGGCAGUAUAUUUGGAAUGUUUGUAGAAUCUCCUAUAUCAUAAGAAUAGGACAGAGUUUCUCAAAAUGAUUGCGUAGAGAACCCGCAAAAUCCAAUCAGCAAUUUUAAUUUUAACCCAUGUUGGGAAACGCUGUCCUAUAAAAUAGUAAUGUUCAUUCCCUUGUCAGUAUAAUAAAACAAGACUGCAAUAGAGAUGAAUGUUUGAAUAACUGACCAAUCACGUAACUUUGGUAAAUGAUGUAAGUGAUAAAUUAAUCAGUAUUAUUAUAUACUAUUAGAUAACUAUGACUUUGGAACGUUCGAAUGGCGGACAUUGUCGAAAUUUUACCUCUUCAUAGUGUAUUUCAUUUAUACAACCAUCAAUUUAGAUUUUCUUGUAAAAUGUAGAUGUUAUGAACUGUCAAAGAUUAGUUUAGACUACAGGCGUAAUGAGGCCUCCCCCAUUACUUAGAAAAACUUAGUAUAUAAGACAUAAAAACAUCUAUCCUGUGGUCUAGCCAUCUUUUUCGGUCUAUUAUAGAAUAUAUAACAUUGAAAAACCGACGUAGUGCAAGCGAAAUUAAUGUUUUAUUUCAUUUUCGGAGUGAAUUAGAAGUAUUAAUGUUGCGAGAUACAAUACAAUGAAAUUUAUCGAGCUUAUUGAUACAAACUCGCUACAGAUCCAGUGGAUUUAAUUAAUAGGCUGAAAUAUAUGUCCUAUUUUGGCAAAAUAAUCUCUAAAACAAUUACAUCAAAGUUCAUUAUUUAUAAAGAAUUUUAAACCCAUCAACUGUUAGAUCUGUGCAGUAUUAAACAAACUAACAUCGUCUUAUUUCUGUAGCAAUUGAAGGGCUCGCUCGACUUGUUUUAAGGUACACGGAGUUCGUUUUCAUCAGUAACAUGCGUUGUACUCUUUGCGCAUUGAAUUUUUUUUUGCGCUAAUUCAUUUUUUAAGGAUGUUUGCUUUGUAUUUACUUGCGUAAAUAUGGCUAUAAUCGGAACUCUUAACUGAUAUUUAUGAGACUAAAACUUUAUUACAGUAAUGUGUAAUACUGAAGGUCCAAUUUUAUUUCCAAGAUGGGACAUGUUUCAGCCAUUCAUUAACAUUAGCAUAUUUUUUUGCAACCAUGCUCACAGACCACAUUUUAUGACAGAAUGGUCCCAAAACGCUAUAGAUGCGUAUUAUAAAAUAUAUUACAUAUUCUAGUCAAAUGUUUAAUUUUAGUGAUUUUUUCCAUGACGAUUCCCAGUCAUCAAUUUAUUAUAUAAAAAAAUAUU